ACAACUUUUGCGGGGAGGGGGUGCAAUAAAAAAAAAAACGGAAAGAGGGUAAAAAAUAAAAAAAAAAGUUAUUCUCACUCUUUUUCUAUAAAUUAUAUAAAUCAGUAAAAUGGCUUCUAGAUUCACCCGUUUGACUACCUCCAUCCCCAAGUUUGCUCGUGGUUAUGCUGCUCCUGCUUCCGUCAAGGCUCCUAUCACCCUUUUCGGUCUUGAUGGUCGUUAUGCCACUGCUCUUUAUACUGCCGCUGCCCGUCAAAACACCCUCGAGGCUGUUGAGAAGGAUCUCAAGGCUCUUAACUUGGCUGUUGAGAAGGAUGCUACUCUUAGAGCCUUCUUGGAAAACCCCACUGUCAACCGUGCUGUCAAGAUGGAAGGUAUCAACGCUGUUUUAGGUAAAUCUCCCAGCCAAAUUACCCAAAACUUCUUCGAGACCUUAGCCGAGAACGGUCGUUUGAACCAAACCACCAAGGUCAUUGCUUCUUUCGAGGAAUUGAUGAGUGCUCACCGUAACGAAUUACCUCUUGUUGUCACCUCUGCCAAGGCUUUGGAUAAGGCUACCUUGAACAAGAUUGUUGAGUCUCUUCAAAAGUCUACCCUUUCUGAAGGUAAGAAGCUCCUUGUUUCCAACAAGGUUAAGCCCGAUAUUCUCGGUGGUAUCAUGGUUGAGAUUGGAGAUAAGAGUAUCGAUUUGACUGUCUCUGCCAAGCUUGCCAAGUUGAACAAGUUGAUCACUGAUUCCAUCUAAAAUAUUUUAUAAUAUAUAUUAAAAAAAAAAAAAAAGAAAAACAUAAAAGACAUGUAUAUUUUUUUUUGUCUUUUGCAACUUUUUUAAAACAAACUCUCUUUUUUUUUUUUUUUUCAUAUAUCUUGUAAAUCAACCAUUGCCUCUAAAAAUAUAUAAUUUCGAUUAAAAGACCGUUGUUUUUUGUUUU